GCAUGUGGCUGUUUUGUUAGGCGGAUGAAUCCUUCCGCAUGACACGGUGAGUUCCGCUGAGUCGCUGUGCGGCCUAGUUCGACUGCAAGACGGGAGACAGAACGGGAGUGCUGAGGAGAGCGGCGACGUAAUCGGGCACUGCCUGGUCUUCGAAAUGACGCAGUUUCUGCCCCCGAACUUGUUGGCUUUGUUUGCCCCAAGAGAUCCAGUUCCAUACCUGCCGCCUUUGGAUAAACUACCUCAUGAAAAGCACCAUAAUCAACCAUACUGUGGAAUUGCUCCUUAUAUUAAAGAUUUUGAGGACCCCAGAGAUGCUCCACCACCCACUAGGGCAGAGACCAGAGAUGAACGGAUGGAAAGAAAGAGGAGAGAGAAGAUCGAAAGACGACAACAAGAAGUGGAAAGUGAACUGAAAGUUUGGGAUCCUCAUAAUGAUCAAAAUGCUCAAGGAGAUGCCUUCAAAACACUAUUUGUUGCCAGAGUGAACUAUGACACAACUGAAUCUAAAUUACGACGAGAGUUUGAAGUUUAUGGGCCUAUAAAACGGAUUCACAUGGUAUAUAACAAGCCCUCUGGGAAGCCUCGUGGUUAUGCCUUCAUUGAAUAUGAACAUGAACGUGAUAUGCACUCGGCAUACAAGCAUGCAGAUGGAAAGAAAAUUGAUGGAAGACGUGUGCUGGUUGAUGUUGAGAGAGGUCGUACAGUAAAAGGCUGGCACCCUCGUAGACUUGGUGGUGGUCUAGGAGGUACUAGACGUGGUGGAGCUGAUGUCAACAUAAGGCAUUCUGGUAGAGAUGAUACAUCCCGAUAUGAUGAAAGGGACCGGGAUCGAGAACGAGAGAGAGACCGCCCAGAUCGCAGCCGAGACAAGCCACGAGAGAGGAGGAGUAGCCGCUCCAGAGAGCGCAGGAGGAGAUCCCGAAGCCGUGAAAAGGACGAUAGGAAGCGUAGCAGGGAAAGGAGCAGGGACAUGGACAAAGACAAGGAUAAGGACAAAGACAAGGACAAAGAUAAGGAUAAGGACAAAGACAAGGACAAAGAUAAGGACAAGGACAAAGAUAAGGACAAGGACAGAGACCGAAAGCGCAGGAGUCGCAGUAGGGACCGUAAGCGGGAUCGGGACCGUGACCGGGAAAAGAAGGACGAGCGAACAGAGGGAGAAGCUCCAGAAAAUGCUGAUGUUAAUCUUGAAGAAAUACAAGUGGGUGAUGGUGCUUUAGAUGGAACAGAGGUCAAGCCAGAACCAGAAGAAAAGGGUAGGGACCGUGAGAGAGACCGGGAUAGGGAUAAGGACAGGGAUAAAGAGAGAGACCGGGAUCGAGACAGGAGACGUAGCCAUAGAGAGAGGGAUAGGGAUAAAGAUCGUGAGAGAGACAGGGAUAGGAGGAGAGAUAGAGACAGAGGAGAGAGGGAUCGAGAUCACAAGCGGGAUAGAGACCGGGGUGACCGCAAUGAGAAGCGAGAGGAGAGAGUUCCUGACAAUGGUUUAAUUCAAGAACCUCCAGCAGAAGAGACCAGUCAAGACAUGUACUUGGACCAAGAAUCCAUGCAGUCUGGAGACGGAUAUUUAUCCACAGAAAAUGGCUAUGUUAUGGAGCCUCCUAUGGAGUGACACACCUGAGAAUUACUUAAUUUGAACUCUUCUGUAGUUGCGCUUCUAUGCGUGUAUCUAUGAGCCACAUCCACAUAAAUGUUUCACUUGUGCAUAUGACUUGGGAUUUCCCAUCCAUAAUUAACUAUGAAGUUCCGAAGCAAUUAAGCUAUACAACAGUUGCAUUUUUGUUCCCUCGUAGGUGGGUAUGUUUUACAGUUUGUGAUGGUCAUCACCCAACUUGUGUAAAAUUGCUUACGUUAUUUUCUUUUCUUUUUUAUGGCCUUUCAAAUAAAACCAUUUUAAUGUUACUCAUA